AACGCACCAGCUGGUUCAGAUCGACACCCCAAGGGAUAAAUGGACUGUGAUCAAACACACCAGAACGUACCCCACAGACGCCUAUGGCAUAAUCGAGUUCCAGGGUGGAGGAUUCAUCAAUAAGGCCAUGUACAUUCGGGUUUCCUAUGACACCAAGCCUGACAGCCUGCUGCAUUUGAUGGUGAAGGACUGGCAGCUGGAGCUGCCCACGUUGCUCAUCUCCGUUCACGGAGGUCUCCAGAACUUCGACCUCCAGCCCAAGCUCAAGCAAGUGUUUGGCAAAGGCCUGAUCAAAGCUGCCGUCACCACCGGAGCGUGGAUCUUCACGGGUGGAGUCAACACGGGGGUGAUCCGUCAUGUCGGAGAUGCCUUAAAGGACCAUUCCUCCAAGUCACGAGGGAAGGUGUGCGCAAUAGGGAUUGCUCCAUGGGGGAUCCUGGAAAACAAAGAGGACCUCCUCGGGAAAGAUGUUACCAGGCCCUAUCAGACGAUGGCGAACCCACUGAGCAAACUGGCUGUGCUCAACAACAGCCACUCCCACUUCAUCCUGACCGACAACGGCACCUGCGGGAAGUACGGUUCCGAGGUCAAACUGCGUCGACUGCUGGAGAAGCACAUCUCCCUGCAGAAGAUUAACACCCGUUUGGGUCAGGGGGUCCCCCUGGUGUGUCUGAUAGUGGAGGGAGGUCCCAACGUUAUCUCUAUCGCCCUAGAGAGUUUGAGAGAUGAGCCUCCCAUUCCUGUGGUGGUGUGCGAUGGCAGCGGGCGAGCAUCUGACAUCAUUUCCUUUGCACACAAGUUCUCAGAGGACGGGGGCCUGGUUAACGACGACGUCAGAGACCAACUGUUGGUGACCAUUCAGAAGACGUUCAACUACAGCAAAAGCCAGUCGCAGCAGAUCCUGCUCAUGGUGAUGGAGUGCAUGAAGAAAAGGGAACUGAUCACAGUUUUUCGAAUGGGUUCAGAGGGACAACAAGACAUUGAAAUGGCCAUUCUUACAGCCUUGUUAAAAGGCACGAAUGCUUCAGCAGCAGAUCAGCUCAGUUUGGCUCUGGCCUGGAACAGAGUGGAUAUUGCUCGCAAUCACAUCUUUGUUUAUGGACACAACUUACCACCUGCCGGUGCCAUCGCCAGCACCACAACUGCUGCAGCACCAGCACAGGAGAAGCCAAAGAGCCCUGCCAGCGCUCCUCGCAACAAGACCCGGGGAAAGAAGGGGAAAGGAAAAGGAAAGGCAAAGCCCGAACCUCCGGAGGAAACAGACCCGAGGAAGUUGGAGUUGAUUCGUUGGGUGAACUCUCUGGAGCAGGCCAUGAUGGAUGCUCUGGUGCUGGACAGAGUGGACUUUGUCAAACUGCUACUUGAAAAUGGGGUCAACAUCCAUCACUUCCUCACCAUUCCCAGACUGGAGGAGUUAUACAACACAAAACUUGGCCCAGCUAAUACACUGCAUGCUGUGGUUAGAGAUGUCAAAAAGGGAAACCUUCCCCCAGAUUAUCAGAUCACUUUGAUUGAUAUUGGUCUGGUGCUGGAGUACCUUAUGGGUGGAGCCUACAGGAGCAAUUACACCAGGAAGGCUUUCCGUAACCUCUACAAUAAUUUGUAUGGACUAAAAAGGCCAAAAGCUCUAAAGCUUCUGGGAAUGGAGGAUGAUGAACCGAGGACAAAGGGCAAGAAAAAGCCAAAAAAGAAGAAAGAGGAAGAAGUGGAAAUUGAUGUGGACGACCCUGAGGUCUGUCGGUUCAAGUACCCCUUCCAUGAGCUGAUGUUGUGGGGGGUGCUGAUGAAGCGCCAGAAGAUGGCACUGUUCCUCUGGCAGCGUGGGGAGGAAGCCAUGGCAAAGGCCCUGGUAGCUUGUAAACUGUAUAAAGCCAUGGCCCACGAGUGCUCUGAGAGUGAACUGGUGGACGACAUCUCCCAAGACCUGGAGAACAACUCCAAAGAAUUUGGCCAGUUGGCCUAUGAACUGUUAGACCAGUCCUACAAGCACGAUGAACAGGUGGCCAUGAAACUCUUAACAUAUGAACUGGUUAACUGGAGUAACUCCACCUGUCUGAAGCUAGCUGUGGCUGCUAAGCAACGUGACUUCAUCGCCCACACCUGCAGCCAGAUGUUGCUCACUGACAUGUGGAUGGGUUGCUUAAGGAUCGGCAAGAACCCUGGCCUCAAGGUUAUUCUGGGAAUUAUCUUCCCUCCUCUGAUUCUACUGCUGGAUUUCCGUCUCGGAGAUGAUGCGUCCUAUCACGUACCAGGAGGCAAAGAAGAUGGAAAAGACAAGGAUGAUGAUGCAAAAUCUGGCAAGGACGCUAACACUGAUGCGACUUCCAGAAAGGGAGAUGAGGAGGAGGGUAGCACAAAAGUUCGCAAAAUCCCUAUUGGCAAAAGAUUCUUUGAAUUUUACGACGCGCCCUUCACCAAAUUCUGGUUCAACACUAUUUCCUAUCUGGGCUAUUUAAUGUUGUACAACUACAUAAUCCUGGUGAAAAUGGAACGGUGGCCAUCUAUUCAAGAGUGGACUGUCAUCGCAUACAUUCUCACACUUGGCACUGAAAAAGUCAGACAGAUUCUGAUGUCAGAGCCGGGAAAGCUGAAACAGAAGAUAAGUGUGUGGUUGGAGGAGUACUGGAACAUCACAGACCUGGUUGCCAUUUCUACCUUCCUUCUUGGGCUCAUGCUACGGCUGCAGAACGAGCCUUACAUGGGCUACGGCAGAGUCAUCUACUGUAUAGACAUCAUCUUCUGGUACAUUCGAGUGCUGGACAUCUUUGGAGUCAACAAAUACUUGGGACCCUAUGUGAUGAUGAUAGGGAAGAUGAUGAUCGAUAUGAUGUACUUUGUAGUGAUCAUGCUGGUAGUGCUUAUGAGCUUUGGGGUGGCGCGACAAGCCAUCCUUCACCCAGAUGAGGAGCCAACCUGGCGCCUGGCCAGAAACAUUUUCUACAUGCCCUACUGGAUGAUCUAUGGAGAGGUUUUUGCGGACUCGAUAGACCUCUAUGCAAUGGAAAUCAACCCUCCAUGUGGUGAACAUUUAUACGAUGAGGAUGGGAAGAAACUGCCCCCAUGCAUCCCCGGUGCCUGGCUCACACCUGCUAUUAUGGCCUGCUACCUUCUCGUGGCAAACAUUCUUCUGGUCAACUUGCUCAUUGCUGUCUUCAACAACACUUUCUUUGAAGUCAAGUCGAUUUCCAACCAGGUGUGGAAGUUCCAGCGAUAUCAGCUAAUCAUGACUUUUCACGAUCGUCCCAUCCUGCCGCCACCUCUCAUCAUCUUCAGCCACCUCUACAUCCUCUUCAACAGGCUGUUUCGACGGUGUGCCAGGAAAAGGCAGGAGGGAGAGCUGGACGAGAAGGACAGAGGCCUCAAGCUUAGGUUGAAUCCAGAGGAGCUAAAAAGUCUGUACGAGUUUGAGGAACAGUGUGUGGAGGAAUAUUUCCGUGAGAAAGAGGACGAGCAGCAGUCCUCCAGUGAUGAACGCAUCAAGGUCACCUCAGAAAGAGUUGAGAAUAUGUCCAUGCGUCUGGAGGAGGUAAAUGAGCGGGAGAACACUAUGAAGGCCUCCCUGCAAACGGUCGAUCUACGCCUGGCCCAACUGGAAGAGAUCCACGGACGAAUGGCGGUUGCCCUGGAGAAGCUCGCCGGAGUGGACAGAUUGGAGCUAACCAGAACCUAUUCACGAAACUCCUCUGUGUGUGACCCUUCCUCCCUCCUUCGCCAGGGCAGCAUCAACAGUGCUGAUGGCUACAGCCUUUACCGCUUCCAUAUGGACAUGGAAGAGUUUGCAUCAAAGCAGAAGGAUGCAGAUGAGGUGACAAAAACUGGUCUAGAGAGACAGAGGAGUCUGCGACAAGCAUCCAGUAUUUGUACUCUCAACACGAAGGAAGGUGUGCAGACCUUAGAGGUUGCUGGUUUGGAGAGAUCACGACCCAGCUCCUGUGUGGACAUUCUCAUAUCUCCGUGUGAACAAAAGCCUGCUUCUCCAUUAUCAAGUCAAGAGACCAUAACCAAUGUAAAACAAGGCAGCACAAUACUGCUAGAUAGACUAACAGACAAGAAUAGACUAAAGCCUUCCUCCCCUCCAAAACGGACUAAAUCCUUGAGAUACUAUCCAGUCGAAGACCAACUCAUGUCUCCUCUGACAAAGAGGAGGGCUAUGAGCACCAUCAUUGUCAGCCCUCCUGAUGAACCAGGGGUAGCAGCUGAAACCACAAAGAAAUCCCAUGUGCUGCUGGGAACGUCCUCUUCUCCAAAGAGGACGGAAUCUUUGAGGUAUGUCCCCACCGAAACCCAAAGUCAAACUUCUCCGAUCACAAAGAAGAGAGCUAUGAGCAGCAUCAUCUACAACCCAGCUGAUGCAGGUGAUGCAAAUGAGUGGCCGGCAAACUUGGAGUAUCAGGUGCACCCCAGCACUUUUGGUCAAAUGCCUAAAGUAUCAACAGUCAGAGCUCUUGCCCAGCAGUUUCAAAGCAGCGCUGCACCUGUGGAGCUUAAAAAAGAGGAGAAUCAGAUUAAUCAAAUUCCUUUGGAAAGUAAGGGAACUCUCCCAGCAACAGAACCCGAGGCAGAGCAAGCAAAGAUGAAGGCAAAGAGAAACCUCUCUGACACCACUGAGUACCUGACUGUAGCUAAUGAAAACUAUCUGCCGUCUCACAGAUCACAGAGCUGGAAUGCCAGUGAGAGGAAAGCGAAGUGCUCCAUGGUUAGCAUGGGGCCCAGAGCCUCUAGCAGCGAGAGAGACCUUGUUGAAGUCUGCAAGUUGGCAGGUGUUGGAGGGGAAGAUGCCGGAAAGAAGAUGGAGGCAGAGAAGAGAGACGAUGAUGCGCAGGAAAAUAAAUGAGCGCCACAAAGAGAGGUUGAUUAAAGCAGCAACAGAGGAUAAUAAAACAGAAUAAGGGAAAAAAAAUAUGUGAAAGAGGAAGAGGAACUGAAUGCUACGACCAAGUUCAGAUCACUACUGACUGAGGUUAUGAAACAGUUUUCAGAAUAAUGACAUAAACAGAGUCACAGCAUUUACCAAACUCUUCAGUAUUUUCAAUCAUGCAGUUAAUGUUAGUCGUCAGUGCAGAGUAGUGAAAACCAACAUAACUGUCUCUUUUGAAGACCCACUUUCUUUACUGUCUUUACUUUUCAUUGGUGUUACAUACAGUAGCUUACAAAGACAAUCAUUCACAUUACAGCUUUCCCCCAUCAUUGUGUUUUCAUGGUAGAGAUGUAAAGGGGAUCUGCUGGGACAUCUAAAGUUUAAGGUGAAAAUGAAGGAUAUACACAACUGUUAAUUGUGCUUAUGUACACACUAUGCGAACAGCAAAAACAUGAAUGUCCUAUACAUG